UGCGACGCUUGGUGCGACCUCACAUCCGUCUUACCAGACUUUUUGUCUGCCGGCAUUUUCUUUUUUAUAUUCCCUCCGUCGGUUUAAGUUGCCCGGCUGUAUCGUCAGCUUUUUUAGCGUUGACUUCCACAACAGCCUGUCGUUCGCUAACCGCCUACAAUCGUUGCCUGCUGUGCAAAUGCCUGGAUUUUCCGACCGAGAUCGCGGCAGAGAUCGGGGGUAUGGUGGAGGGCCGCCUCGGUUCGGUGGGGGUGGUGGAGGCAGCAGGGGUGGACCUCCACCUGGGAAGUUUGGCAACCCCGGGGAGAGGCUGCGAAAGAAACACUGGAACCUUGACGAGCUUCCUAAGUUCCAAAAGAACUUUUAUCAUGAGCACCCGGAUGUCACUCACAGAUCAAUUCAAGAGGUUGAGCAGUAUCGGAGGAGUAAAGAAGUUACCGUGAAGGGCAGAGAAUGUCCCAAGCCAAUUAUGAAAUUCCACGAAGCCACUUUUCCAAGCUAUGUGAUGGACGUCAUUGUCAAACAGAACUGGUCUGAACCAACCCCGAUCCAGUCUCAGGGGUGGCCGCUCGCACUCAGUGGCAAAGACAUGGUUGGCAUUGCCCAAACAGGGUCAGGAAAAACACUCGCGUACCUGCUGCCUGCAGUUGUGCACAUCCAACAUCAGCCAUUCCUGGAGCAUGGAGAUGGACCUAUCUGCCUGGUGCUGGCACCAACCCGUGAACUGGCCCAGCAAGUGCAGCAGGUGGCUGCUGAAUACGGCCGGGCCUCUCGCCUCAAGAGCACCUGCAUUUAUGGCGGAGCACCCAAAGGACCCCAAAUCAGAGACCUGGAGAGAGGUGUUGAGAUUUGCAUCGCUACCCCAGGUCGACUUAUUGAUUUCUUGGAGUGUGGUAAGACUAACCUGCGCCGAUGCACAUACCUUGUGCUGGAUGAAGCUGAUCGCAUGCUGGACAUGGGAUUUGAACCCCAGAUCCGCAAAAUAGUGGACCAAAUUCGGCCAGAUCGUCAGACCCUGAUGUGGAGUGCCACCUGGCCGAAGGAAGUUCGCCAGCUGGCUGAGGACUUCCUCAAAGACUAUGUCCAAAUCAACAUUGGAGCACUGCAGCUCAGUGCCAACCACAACAUCCUACAGAUAGUUGAUGUCUGCAACGACAUGGAGAAGGAGGACAAACUGAUCCGUCUCCUGGAGGAGAUCAUGAGUGAGAAGGAGAACAAGACUAUCAUAUUUGUGGAAACAAAGAGGCGCUGCGAUGAGCUCACCAGGAGGAUGCGAAGAGAUGGCUGGCCAGCAAUGGGAAUUCAUGGAGACAAGAGCCAGCAAGAGAGAGACUGGGUCCUCAAUGAGUUCAAAUAUGGAAAGGCCCCCAUCCUCAUUGCUACCGAUGUGGCUUCCCGUGGCCUUGAUGUGGAGGAUGUGAAAUUUGUCAUCAAUUAUGACUACCCUAACUCCUCUGAGGAUUAUAUCCACCGCAUUGGACGCACUGCCCGCAGCCAAAAAACAGGCACAGCCUACACCUUCUUCACCCCCAACAACAUGAAACAGGCAGCCGACCUGAUCUCUGUACUCCGAGAGGCAAACCAGGCCAUCAACCCUAAGCUGAUUCAGAUGGCAGAGGACAGAGGAGGUCGUGGAAGGGGGGGCAGAGGUGGCUACAAGGACGACCGUCGGGAUAGGUAUUCUGGGGGCGGGAGGAGUAAUAACUUUGGCGGUAGUUACAGGGACAGGGAUGGCGAUAGGGGGUAUGGCAGCGGGCCCAAGGGAGGCUUUGGUGGCAAUAAGAGCCAAAACGGCGGCUACGGCGGCAAUAGUGGUGGCUCUAGUGGUAGCUAUGGCAGCAACAACUACAGCAACAGCAACGGACAGGGAAAUUUCGGUGCUCCGUCUAACCAGGUGGGUGGCUUUGGUAAUCAAGGCUUUCAGGGCCCCCCUCAGCAGUUCGGGUCUGUUCAGAGGGCUGGUCAGAACGGCCUGAACCACCCACCAUUCCCUUUUGCCCCUCAACCACCACAACAGGGCCAACAACCACCCCCACCUCCGAUGGUGCCCUACCCCAUGCCACCACCUUUCCCACAGUAGAUAUGAUACAUGCACAAUAUACAGAACCAACUUGAUUUUUUUCUUUUCUCCGUUGUCUUCACAUCUUACCGUAUGAUUAUUAUAACCCUUUAUACUGCUUUUUUUUUCUUUAUUUUUGCUUACAGCAGGGUUGGAAUUAUCGGUAACCCAGAGCAUUAAAAGGAGUCAAAGUACAAGUCUCCUAUAGUGCAACUAUGAUUGCUGCACUUUUUCCUUGACUGUUUAUGUUACAUUCCUCGGUAAUUUAUUUUUACUAGGUAAUGCAAUAUUUUGAGUUUGUGCUAUGUUUAAAUUGAUGUUACUAAGAUCGUAAAGAAAGGGCUCACAUGGCCUCAAAUAAAAAGAAGAUGGAAAUCUUGUGA